UGUAGAGUCAUCUUUUAAGUUUAUUUAUUUUCUUUUAGUAGAUCCUAUUGGAUCCACUAAAAGAAAAUAGAAGAUAUCUACAAGAAAAAAACGAAUAACAGAAAGCCACAGAUACUACUAACAUUUGCAAAAGUAAAAAAGAAAUUCAAAGAAUGGAUAUUUCUGUACAUUCAGAUGACAAGCGGAUAGAUAACAUUCCAUUGUAUCAGCACAUAUCAUGUCAAAAAAAUCCGAAACGUCACACUCAUAUUUUAAACAACAUCCUUGUUACAUAGACCAUAGAACAAUACUGUCAACAAUGUGACACAUAAUAGAUGUUUUGUUUUGUUUUAUUUUUAUGCAGUGGCACCGGAAUUUCUGAAUGAGUUGACAAGUAAAAAUAUGACUGUAAUGGAGAAUACAAACGUGACUUUGACAUGCCGAGCUACUGGGAAUCCUCAACCAGAAAUUAAAUGGAAAAGAGAAGAUGGUCAAGGAAUCAUAUUGGGGCAAGAAAAGAUAACACUACACAGCGGGGAGGAACUCAACAUUAUCCGUGUGUCGAGGUUUCAUAUGGGAGCCUAUCUGUGUGUUGCUUCCAAUGGGGUGCCACCCGCCAUCAGCCGCAGAAUCUACCUAGAAGUGACAUGUGAGUGUUCAGAUUUUCUAUGUACUAUUAUUAUGUGAUGGAUUUUCAAUCUUAUGUGGACAGU